UUAGAGAGACAAAGUGAUGAAUGUUGUGUUGAGAGUUUGAGACCAACCAUUUGUGAAUUGUUUUCUCUGGGGAAAAAAGAAAUGGUUGCAAGAACCCCGCCAAAGCAGAAGAAAAUUGAUGCCCCUCUCAACCCCAUUCUUCUCAGAGAACCUGUAAAGAAGGUGGAUCAAUGCAUGGCUCGAUUACAAGAGCUUCAGUACACAGUUGCAGGUGGAACAAAGGUCGUAUCUGGGGAGACACUAAGCCCUCGGAGUACCAGAGGCUACCUCAGAACGAGUCUCAGAUGCAAGCAAGAGUCUCUUAGGAAAAAGUUGAACCAAAUUGGGACAAGAUGGAUGAGAAUGAUGUUUCCAUGGAAAUCCAAGAAAUUUCUUUGGAUCACAACCAGAGACUUCCGGUUUCUCAGAAAAUUGAUGAGUUCAGCACCGAGACUCAGAAUUUGAAGGUGCACACAAUUUUAUGUAAUGAAGUGAAGAACAUUAAUGCAGAUUCCAUUCCUGGCCCUGAAGUUUAUGAUGCCCUUCUGUUUCUCGGUAUUGAGUAUGAAACUUUGAAGAAGAAAUAUUUGGAAGAGAGUGAGCUUCUGAAGAAGAAGUACCUUGAAGAGUGCUUGGAACGGCAGCGGCUGAACAAUGAAGUUAUUGAACUCAAAGGCAACAUCAGGGUCUUCUGCAGAUGUAGACCCUUAAAUCAAGCUGAAAUUGCUAAUGGAUCUACUUCUAUAGUUGGCUUUGACUCAUGUAGAGAAAAUGAGCUUCAAAUCAUUUGCUCUGAUUCUUCAAAGAAGCAAUUUAAGUUUGACCAUGUGUUCAGGCCUGGGAGUGACCAAGAGGCUGUUUUUGCACAAACUUCACCAAUUGUGACUUCUGUGCUGGAUGGAUACAAUGUCUGUAUAUUUGCCUAUGGACAAACUGGAACUGGAAAGACCUUUACAAUGGAAGGAACUCCUAAAAAUAGGGGAGUCAACUACAGGACUGUGGAGGAGUUGUUCCGAAUUUCAAGGGAGCGAAGCAAGAUAAUAAAUUAUGAAUUGUUUGUUAGCAUGUUGGAGGUUUACAAUGAGAAGAUCAGAGACCUUUUGGUAGAAAAAUCCAACCAGCCUCCUAAGAAGUUGGAGGUCAAACAAGCAGCAGAAGGAAUCCAAGAAGUCCCAGGACUAGUUGAAGCCCGUGUUUAUGGCACAGAUGAAGUGUGGGGACUGCUUCAAUCUGGAAGCCGAAAUAGAUCUGUUGGAUCCACUAUUGCUAAUGAGCUCAGCAGCCGCUCUCACUGCUUGUUGAGAGUGACUGUUAAGGGGGAGAAUUUAGUGAAUGGGGAGAGGACAAGUAGCCACCUCUGGCUAGUGGACUUGGCUGGAAGUGAGCGGGUGGGGAGGAUUGAAGCUGAAGGUGAAAGGUUGAAGGAAUCUCAAUUUAUAAAUAAAUCGCUCUCAGCACUAGGUGAUGUUAUCUCUGCCCUUGCAUCUAAAACAGCUCACAUUCCUUACAGGAACUCCAAGCUCACUCAUAUUCUACAAAGCUCUCUAGGAGGGGAUUGCAAAACCCUAAUGUUUGCCCAGAUCAGCCCAAGUGCUGCAGACUUAGGAGAGACCCUUUGCUCACUGAACUUUGCCAGCAGAGUCCGGGGAAUUGGGUGUGGUCCUGUUCGUAAACAGGCCGAUCUCAGCGAGCUUUUCAAGUAUAAGCAACUGGCAGAAAAGCUAAAGCUCGAAGAAAAGGAAACCAAAAAAUUACAGGAUAUCUGCAGAAGUCUUCAAGAUAAGGUUCGGGUCCUUGAAAAUCAAUUAGCAGUGGAAAGGAAAACCAGAUUAAAACAACCCCUGAAAACCAUUGCAGAGAAGAAGCCGCCUUUGGGUCCUUCAAAGCUGAAGAUGCCUCUGAAAGAAAUAUCUAAUUUCUUGCCCCCACCAUCUCCAAUCCCACCCCACAAAACCAUGAGUUACUCUUCCAUCCUUCCUGCUUCAACAGAUAACAAAGAAAACAUGCUCAGACCAUCAGCUGCAGCAACCAAAACAAAAUCCCUUUUGCAACCAAGACGGACCAUAGCGAAGAACAAGCCAUCUUUGGGUCCUUCAAAACUGAGGAUGAUGCCUGUCAGAAGAAUUUCCUAUCUCUUGCCCCCACCAUCUCCAAUCCUUCCAGCUUCAACAGAUGACAGAGGAAACAUGCCCAGACCAACAGCUGCAGCAACCAACACAAAAUCCUUUUUGCAACCAAGACGGACCUCCAUUUCUCUCAGACUUCCUCAAACAUCAACAGCACAGGUUCUUCAGCCCAAGAGACGGGUCUCAAUUGAAACCCUUCUCCCUGAAUUUAACUCACACAUGAUCACACCCCUUACCGCUGAACUAAAGAGUAGAGGUGCAAUGGGCAGUCAGUCCUUUGUGAGGAACCCAUAUAGGAUACAGCGUAUAUCAAGGAUUUUCUCUCCACUGCCAGGGUCGAGGACAGCAUCAGGUGCAACAGUGCAGGCAACACCAACUGCCAUGAGGAGCUGUAGUAAAUUCAUGGAAGCAGGUUCAUUGAGGCCAAAGCUUUCCUUCGUGAGGGACCCAAAAAAAUUUCUGUACUAUACCCCCUAUUAAAGAACUUAAACAACAUCAAAAUUCUGUAAUAUCAAUAUAGAACAUAAGUGUAUAUCAAAUGUUGUAGGGUCAUGAUGAUUUUGGUUUCAUUAGCUUCA